AUGUCGCAAAUCAUACGAAUGACGCUAUUCAAGCUUUCGGAUGCUGCUGUCAUCCAAGAGGCAAUCCAGAAAUACUCUACCCUGACUCAGGAUGCCGUCAAGGACGGCAAGCCUUACAUACAGCAAGCAACAGCACAUCGGCUGUACGACGAUCCCAGAAGUCAGGGCUACACGCUCGCAGCCCGCACAGUGUUCAACUCGAAAGCGGAUAUGGACUUCUACGAUAACGAGUGCGCGGCGCAUACUGCCAUCAAAUCGUUCAUCAAACCAAAGGUUGGAGGGCCAUCACUUGUCACGUAUAUGGAUGCGUAG